GAGGGAGGAAAACUUCCUGGCUGGGACUCCGGCGGUUUCUGCCUGCCAACCCUCGGAUCCCGCCUACCAGUGUUGGCUCUUCCCGACCCCUCCCCCGGCGCCCCCAGUGUCCGCCAUGGCCAAAGCCUACGACCACCUCUUCAAGUUGCUGCUCAUCGGGGACUCGGGGGUGGGCAAGACUUGUCUGAUCAUUCGCUUUGCAGAGGACAACUUCAACAGCACUUACAUCUCUACCAUCGGAAUUGAUUUCAAGAUCCGAACCGUGGACAUAGAGGGGAAGAGGAUCAAACUGCAAGUGUGGGACACGGCUGGCCAAGAACGAUUCAAGACAAUAACUACCGCCUAUUACCGUGGAGCCAUGGGCAUUAUCCUCGUAUAUGACAUCACAGAUGAGAAAUCCUUCGAGAAUAUUCAGAACUGGAUGAAAAGCAUCAAAGAGAAUGCCUCUGCGGGAGUGGAGCGCCUCCUGCUGGGAAACAAGUGUGACAUGGAGGCCAAGCGGCAGGUGCAGAGAGAGCAGGCGGAGAAGUUGGCUCGAGAGCACAGAAUCCGAUUUUUUGAGACGAGUGCCAAAUCCAGUGUGAAUGUGGAUGAGGCUUUCAGUUCCCUGGCCCGUGACAUCUUGCUCAAGACAGGAGGCCGGAGAUCGGGAACCAACAGUAAGCCCUCAAGCACUGGCCUGAAAACAUCUGACAAGAAGAAGAACAAGUGCUUGUUAGGCUGAGAGCAUUUCUUGCCUCCUAUUCACCCUGAACCUGGAGGCUAGACCUGAGGGAGUCGGACUGAGGGAUUGCAGAUGGGAGAACUGUGGUGGCACCUCAAGGGGAGAUGAGGGGAAUAAGGAGACCGGCGAGGACGAGACGGAAGAAAGGGGCAGGGAAAGGAGGGGGAGGAACCAAGGAUGUGAAAGGUGAACAGAAGGGAUUUGAGAAGAGGAAAGGAAGAAGAAAUGAAUGGCUCAGGCCUUGGACAGUCCAACAUUAAAGUCAACAUGCUGAUCUCUCCAUUCCUGGUUCAGGGUUAGGGUCCUGAGAGGCUGGCUCGGCACUACUCCGAGGGUCCCUCACUCUACAAGGUCUUUGUUAGUAUUAAAGGCCACUGUUUUGCAUGAAUGUCCCAUUUGCAUUACUUUCAUUAUUGUCAGAAUUGCUCUUCACUCAAAUCCUAUUUUUGUCACGCCAAGAUAUUGGUUCACCUGAAUGUGGCUGGGUUCCCCUUCCUUGCCCCAACUCUUUCACUGGUGAUGAAAACAGCAUGGGGCAGCCUGAAGGACGGACAUCCUGUUUCCACUGUGGGUUCCCAAGGACUACAAGAGUGGACGGAACCUUGCCUUGAGCACACAGUAACCCAAGGACAAAGGAUUUGAACCAGGCUUCAGUAAACAGCAGCACUUAGUAUGGUUUAUCCAAGGAGAUGUGGGACAUCUUUGAUUCUGAUGUAGUCAGCUUAGGUGUUGGGUACUGUUAGCUGCUUUUGUUAGAGUAUUCUCAGUGUUGCACAAAGAAAUACAUGAACAAGGUGAGAGUAA